ACUUCCCAAUGUGAGAACCACAAAAAAGAAAACAAUAAUCUAUUAUUAUAACAAUAAUAAUAAUAUUAUUUUUAUUUAUUGAAAUUUAGUUUGGUAGGAUGAGGAAGAGACGCAUUCAUCCAUUCGAGAUUGAAGGAAGUAGCUCUUUAACAAAUCCAUGAGAAGAAAAGGAGAAAAGUUUAUUAUCAAUGAAAAAAAUAUUAACAAGUAACAACAAUAAUAUUAAAUAUUAAGCUAUGAAAUUGAAAUUACUUCCAUCAACAAUUUCAUCCCAUUCCUUUGCACUCCGUCGUGAUUCCAAUUACAAUGCUUCUUCUUCUUCCUCCUCCGUUCACAGACACAAGCACAGUUUCAUAGUAGCCUCCAAAAGCAAAAAGCACCGUCACAAUGACGCUAAGGGUUCCAAUUCUCAACCAAGUCCUCCCAGAAUCACUUCAAACGCCAAGCAAAACCUUCAAAUCCUCAAGACAUGGAAGGAGUACGAAAAACGAAAAUCUACCGCUCCAAGACCUUCCACCAGUUACCGCAAAAAGAAGGCGGAAAAGGAAAAAAAUCACGAUCGUGAUCCUAUCUCCUCCCUCGACAACUCAAACCAGUUUGUUAUUAUAGAUGAUGGUGUUCCUGUGAUGCUUGUGGAUGGCUAUAAUGUUUGUGGAUAUUGGAUGAAGCUCAAGAAAUAUUUUAUGAGUGGAAGACUUGAGCUGGCUCGCCAAAUGCUGAUUGAUGAGCUUAAAACCUUUAGUAUGAUCAGAGAGAUCAAAGUGGUUGUUGUAUUUGAUGCCAUGAUGUCUGGGUUCCCCAAUCACAAGGAACGUUCUGCUGGUAUCGACAUUGUUUUCUCAAGUAAAACAUCUGCUGAUAUAUGGAUUGAAAAAGAGGUUUCAGCUUUAAAGAAGGACGGUUGCCCCAAAGUCUGGGUUGUCACUUCUGAUCGCUGUCAUCGGGAAGCAGCAUAUGGAGAAGGAGCCUUUGUUUGGAGUUGCAAGACAUUGGUAACUGAGAUUGAGGAAUCACAUAGGGAGCUUGGUGAGAUGCUUCAAGAGCAAAGAUCAACUUCUUUUCAAGGUUCAUUGUUGAAGCACAGUCUCAGUACAGAAGUAUUGGAUGCUCUUAGGAACCUGAGGCAAAAGUUAUCUGAAAAUGAGUCGAAGUAGAAUAUCAAAUUAAAAUUCUUGUAAGAGAAUUUAGUUUGACAGGUGAAUAGGUUUUAAUAAUCCGAUGUUAAAGAUGCUUUUUUUUUGGCAUGGAUGCAUUCACUAUUUACUUGAAACCCUUCACUUGUUUGCUGGUUACUUUUAUUCUUUCACAUUAUGUCAAAAUCCGAACUUAUUGAAAAUGGCUUUGGCUGUGUCAACCAUAACUGAGAUAUUAUAAACACUGGUGUCAUUUGAUAUCAAGACAAACAGCCUUAGGAACUAUAAUGUGUAAAUAAUCAGAAUAUCUGUACAGAGACAGUUUCUAUAGGUUUUUGCUUGCGGGAAUACAAAAUCGCUGUACAAUGUAUUGCAUUUAA